AGAGGAUGGUACUUUAUGUUGUUGCAGCGAGCUGUUAAACACAUCUGUUCCAAUAGUCCUCUGUACCCACUGUUCUCUGUACCCUCUGUUCCUCUGUUCCUUUGUACCCACUGCUUCACUGGUCCUCUGUGCCCACUGUGCCCACUGUGCCCAUUGUGCCCACUGUUCCAUUGGUCCUCUGUGCCCACGGUUUCUCUGGUCCUCCGUGCCCGCUGUUCCUCUGGUCAUCUGCACCUACUGUUCCACUGGUCCUUUGUACCCACUGUUCCACUGUUCCACUGUUCCACUGUUCCUGCUGUUCCUCUGGUCCUCCGUACUCACUGGUCCGCUGUGCCCACCGUUCCCCACACAUUCACUUUACCCUUCUGGUACAUCAUCUGUUAAUUAUUGGUCAUUUCAGAACCCGGUACACCAGAGACAGCCCAAAUUCUUAACAACUUUGGAGAGCGUCCAGGCUUGGUUGCCAAGCACGAACCGUUUAUUGUUUGGAAGAAGGGAACUCUUUUCAACCUUUAAACGCUAUUGCAUGUGACGAAGGUGGAGAAAGUGUUGUCCAAAAUUUCAUUUUGCUGUACAAGAUGGCUCGGAACACAUGCACACCGUUCUGCGAUAAAAGAAAGCCGUGCCCAAAACACCACGAUCUCCUUGUUGCGAUUUUAGAGUGCUCAGAUAUGCGAGAUAAACGCGGCAAAAUGGAUGAGUUUGAAGAAACCGUGAAAUCUUUUCUUAAGAAAGGCUGGAAGAGAGAUGAAGAAAUCCCCGAUCCCGUCAAGAACUAUCGCUUUCCUCUUCUGCACUGGGCAGGUGUUCUUGGCAAGUGCAGAGCAAUGGAAUGGCUUAUUAAGAAUGGUUUUGACCCCACUGUGCGUUCAUCAGACACUCAAGAAACUGCCCUGCAUAGAUGUAUUCUCUGUUUACACUACAGCAAUAUCAGACGCCUAGUUGACAAGACCAAGAUUAUGAUACAUCUGCUAAAAGAUUGUCUUCAUCUACAGGAUAAAGCCUUGCAAACACCACUCCAUGCUGCUGCAAUAAAACUUUUAAGUGGUAACAAGGUCGACUUCUAUGAGGAAUGCCUUGAGGGAAUGGUAGCGAAGGCUAAGGAACUGUCAGGGAAAACAGCCCAAAUAAUGAAUGCAAGGGACCAACAUGGCAACACAGCAUUGCAUUAUCUGGCCCAAAAAGAUAUCGGCUUGAUUGCCUUUCGUGCAAUUGUUAAUGCUGGAGGAGACAUGACAAUCAAGAACAACAAAAAACUUACUGCUAGGGACAUUGCCAUGAACAGUGGCUGCACACGUAUCAUAAAGUUUCUAUCAACUGUUGGCAAUAGUUCACGACUUUCCAAUCGCUAUGAUGACAGCAUUUACACCACUGAAAGUCCUCCUGAGUCACCCUUGAAUGAUGAAGCUGAAAGGGAAUGUGGAGAAGAUGAGCCCUCCAAUGAAGAUGAUUUCUCAAAUGACGAGAGGAGCACCAGUCUUGUGGAUGGAGAGCCAUCUAGUGAUACUCUUUCUCUUGGCAAAGAUACGAUAAGCUCAAAUGAUGUCACAACAGAUCAUGAAGAUCCAGAGGAAUGUGAAGAAAAUGUGACACAUGUAGAGACCACCCAAGAUGAGCCUUCACUGGAAAGGAAUACUCCUGAAGAUGCUGGGAACACUGACCAAACAGAUGAGGAACCUUCCAACCAGCCAUUUGGUCUUUGUCAUCUUUCUGAUGUCUUUGCAGGCCCUCAGACUUCCCUCGAUUUGACACAUGGAAAUGAAAAUGAAACCCCAGAAAAUUACUCUAACAAUGAUGCCUCCCAAGUUGACUCUUUUCUGGUUAAUGAUGAAGAUUUCCAUGAAGGCACAAGUAAUGCUGAAUGGUCUGAUGAGGACAUUUCUGAAGACGUAAAUGCUACUGGCUCUAAUGAAACUAAUGAUGUUCCACUUACUCUCACGGAUGAACUUCCUUUGCCCAAUGCUCCUCCUGGUGUUAAAAGUUCUGCACCAUCUGAUUUCAUAUCCACCUCAACACCAAAUGUUUCCUCUGUUGGAAUCAUCACCCCACCUAGCGUUGGAGUGGACCACUCAUUGGAUGUUGGAAGUCAGUCCCCUCAUAGUCCACCACGUGAAUGUAGAAGUACCUGUGAAGGUGUUCAGAUGCCAACUGUGGAUCCAUACCCUUGCAUAGCAAGUGUUAAAGAAGAGAUGCAACCAUGUGAGAGGUGUAGAAUGGAAUCCACGAAUGAAAUUGCUUCUUCAUCAGGAGGUUUGGAACAAAAACUGUUGAAGUCUGUAACAAUGAGUGACCUAGCUUCCUCAAUGGUCAGCUUGUUAAGAGGAGCAGGCAUCCUGAGUAACAUAACUGAAAUAGCUGAGAAGACACGGGUACAGGGUGAAAAUCAGCUAGCAGAUAAGCUGGAAAUGGUUAAAGAAACAAACAAUAAACUGGAAACAAGUGAAAAGGAGAUACAAGAGGACAACAAGGAAAUUGAAAAAAUGCUGUUGAAAGUUGAAGAAAUGAAAGAGAAUGUGAAGAAGAAGACCGAGGAAAGGGAACAACUAUUUCUAAAGAGGAAACGUCUGAAUGAUGAGUGUAAUGCACUACAGAAAAAACUGCAUUGUUGUGACAGUCUCCUUAAGGUUGUCCCCAAAGUAAAUGAAGGUGAUGAGACUUUAUAAACAGCACUACAUAUGUGCAAACUGUGUAUAUCAACAACAGGCGGCCAGUCUCUGGACUGAGGAGAUACGUCCUGUAGAUGAAGGUGGGAAAGGGUGUAUCCUUGACAUGUGAUUGAGGCUGAAAUAAAUAUGUACGAGGCAUGAGUUUUACAGAAAGACGAGCGUGAUUUAAGAAUUCAUGAACUAGCGUGAUUUGCCUCCUGAAAUGUAUGUGAUCUCUGUAUUUUUUUUCUCUCUUUUUGUGUGAACCCAAAGUUUCCCUGAAACCUAGCACACAAGAAGAGAGAUUUGGAAGUUUUCCCCUUUAAUGUUCUGUGAAAGAGGAUCAGAAGCCACCCUUUGAUACCCUCUGAGAUGUGUACAUCUUGGAAAUGUUGAGCAAAAUUUCAAAGUACAUCCCUUGCUAGUCUUUUCCAUCCGUUAAUGACAGAGGAAUAAGAUUCCCUUUUCAGUUUUCAGAAUUUUCCUCCAAUAGCAAGAUAGUCAUUUGAAGUUUUCAUUUUUGUUUAGCAUUUGUUUGCAUUGCAAAGUACAAUGUAUUGGACAGAUUUUAAACAAAGUUUCCAGUAAAUGGAGCUGUAUUUUGUGUUACUUACACAGUGGCUUGCAGUUUGUUAUUUUUAUUGUGCAGUUUUUUUCUUGCAAUAAUUACUGGUUUUUAGUGCAUAAACCCAUAACAUGUUGUGGAAGAAGAGUAACUGAGGUAAUACAACUCUGAAAGUUUCUUCCUAAAUGGGCAAUUUGAUGCCUCAAAAUGUUUUUUUUUUUUAUCACAUUUAAGUGAGGAGAACUUUAGUUGUGUUCAUUCUACUUCCUGUGAGCAAAACAAAGAAACUGACAAAUCAGAGUCGAUGUGCUAGUUGUGAUGAUUUAUUUAUAAACAACAUUAAAUGAUGCCUAAUUUA